GCUCGAAGGUUGAAAAGUUGUUUACUCGGCGACGGCCAAAUCCUGGAGAAUGAACCAAUCAUAUCGCCGGAUUCCCCUACCUUUGACCUCAACUCAGCAGAAACCUGAUGACGUGAAAAUUUCAUGAUAUGUGACAAACAAACGGUGGCAAUAACCACUCCAAGUCUAAGUGAUCCCAUUCAAGUGUGAAGGUACCCUUUUGUUAAUAGAGACACCUGGAAGGUCACGGUGGAUGAUAUUCGUCAUUGGAUCGCAAUUUACACCAGGACAUCUCACCAUCACUCAUUUGCGAUUGCCGUCUUCAGUGCUGGAGAAGCCCGAUAUCGCUCCACAGAAAAAAUGGACAAUCUCCCAAGAGUAGGAUUAUUAGGAGGAGGCCAACUGGGGCGGAUGCUCAUCGAAGAGUCAAACCGGCUCAAUAUCCCGAUCAGCGUGCUCGACGCCGAUCAAGCACCCGCAAAGCAAAUCCACGCGCACCCUAAAGCACUGCACGUGAAUGGAUCGUUCGCGGAAUCGGAAGCGGUGCGGAAGCUUGCGAGUAACUGCGAUAUCCUCACGGUUGAGAUUGAGCAUGUCGACACGACGAUUCUGGAAGAGGCGGCCAAUGCGGGCGUGAGGGUCGAGCCCAGCUGGAAGACGAUCCGAACGAUCCAGGACAAGUACGUGCAAAAGCAGUAUCUGGAGAGCCAUUUUAUCAAGACGGCAGCAGCGAGCCAGGUCGAUUUCAUUGCGGAUUUGGAGGCUGCGGGGGUGGAGCUGGGGUAUCCGAUGAUGCUCAAAGCAAGGAAGCAAGCGUACGAUGGGAAGGGGAAUUAUGUGGUCGAGUCAAGAGAUGACGUUCAUAAUGCCUUUGAGGCAUUAGGGAAGGUUAAAGGGGGCAUGUAUGCUGAGAAAUGGGCGGAUUUUAAGACGGAGCUCGCAGUCAUGGUCCUGAAGACAAAAGAUGGUGUCUUUGCGUAUCCGACAGUGGAGCUGAUAUCACAAGACAGCGUAUGCAAGCUCGUCUACGCCCCUGUUAGAGGCGUGUCAACGAAAGUUAAAGAGGCGGCUCAGAAACUUGCGAAAGAGGCCGUGGCGCCAUUCGAGGGAAAGGGGGUGUUUGGAGUCGAACUGUUCCUCCUCCAAGAUGACUCCCUCCUCGUGAACGAAAUUGCUCCUCGACCACAUAAUACCGGCCAUUACACGAUCGAGGCAUGUCCUAACUCCCAAUUCGCGGGCCACCUGCGAGCAAUCCUCGACCUACCCAUCCCUCCCGACAGCCUCAAGCAGACCCGACCGGCCAUCAUGCUAAACAUCCUCGGUGGAAAACACCCCGACAGCCACCAGCCGCUCCUUCUCAAGGCCCUCGCGAUCCCGAACGCAACGAUCCACAUGUACGGCAAAGGCGCGUCCAAACCCGGCCGCAAAAUCGGCCACGUCACCGUCACCGCGUCCACAAUGCGCGAAGCCGAAUCCGCCAUGGCCCCUCUCCUCGCCGAAUUCGACACCUUGCGCGCCGAGCGCUUCAACCUCCCCCCUCCCACCACCGCUCCCCCCGCUCCGUCACGCCACCCCGUCGUCAGUGUCACGGCAGGCUCGAUUUCCGACCAGACGGUGCUGGCAAACGUCUACACCGUGCUCGAGAAGCUCGGGAUCGCGUACGAAAAGAAGAUUACCUCGGCGCACCGCACACCGGAAUACAUGGCGACCUACGCGAAAGAGGCGUCGGCGCGGGGCGUCCGGGUGAUCAUCGCGGCGGCGGGCGGAGCGGCGCACCUGCCGGGGAUGGUGGCGGCGUUCAACAAGAGCAUUCCGGUGAUCGGGUUGCCGGUGAAGCCGAGCAAGAGCGAUGGGAUGGAUAGCUUGGUGAGCAUGACGAACAUGCCGCGGGGGGUGCCGGUGUUGACGGUGGGGAUUGAUAAUGGGGUGAAUGCGGCGCUGGGGGCGGGGAGGAUCGUGGGGUGUUGGGAUGAGGGAGUGAGGGAGCGGGUGGAGCGGUAUGCGGAAGAGGCGGCGGAGGAGAGCUUGGAGAAUGAUCGGAGGAUGGAGGGGGAGAAUGAGAAGAGGAAUGCGUUAUAGGGGGUGGUAUGGUGGACUAGUAGUUGUGACCUCGCUCAGGGGAAUCCGAAACUUAAGAAGUACCAAUUGCUUGGUGAUUACGCAAAGCCUACUAUACUGUCUAGGUGUCUCUCGAGACUUUAAAAAAACCUGUAAAUUAUCUCGAAUCAUACUGAAUAGAUACCAAUAUCUUGAAUGCUUUUCACCUGUCAGUAGGAGUCGAAUCCCCGUCCCAUUCACCUUGACUUGCUUGCAUCCGUGAUCAUCCAAACCUAAGGAAGCUGACACUGGAGAUCCUCUCUCAAUCACACUUCACUUCUUCGUUCUUUUCUCAAAUCACUUGAGAUAAAUACUUCUCCCGCCGGUAGACAUACUCUUCUCGCCUCGACUUGACAUCCUUCUCUUUGUGAUAGGACCAUCUACUCUCCAAUCUUAA